AUGAUUAAAGAUUCGUCGGCAGACAUUGCCCAAUCUUCUCACGAUGAGAAGAAUGGGGUUGAGGCUCUGAAGCCUGAGUUUGAAGAUGCAGCUGGUCACCACAAAUCGGCUGCUCUCAACAUUGUUGAGAACCCCCUGAAGCGCAGCUCUCCGGAGCAGACCGUCGCUAAUGCUCGUGCUUUUGCCGAGGCUCACGGCAUGCCAGAGCACGCUUCUCUCUUCGGCCGGGCUGCUCUCGUCGCCCGUGACCCGGCACGAUUUGAGAAUCUCGCCGAAAUUGAUGAGCAUGAACGCGGUGCACUCAUAUACGAGAGGGACCACAAAUGGCACGGUCCCGUCAUGCUUUGGUACUCAAUUGGCCUUUGUGCCGUCGGAGCCGCCACGCAAGGAUGGGAUCAGACUGGAUCCAACGGAGCCAACUUGUCCUUCCCCAAAGAAUUCGGUAUUGAUGGCAAAGGCAAAGAUGAAUGGAUUGUUGGAAUCGUCAAUGCCAUCAUUUUCUUGACAGCCGGUCUCAUUGGUGCUUUCAUCGUCGAUCCGCUCAACCAUUACUUUGGUCGACGAGGCGAGAUUUUUAUUACCGCUUGCUGUCUCACUGCCACCCCAAUUGGUUCUGCUUUCGCACAAUCAUGGGAAGGGCUUUUCGCUGCCCGAUUCGUCAUGGGUAUCGGCAUCGGCGCAAAGAACGCCACGGUCCCCAUCUACUCUGCUGAGAUGGCCCCGGCUCGGACUCGAGGUGCCCUCGUCAUGUUCUGGCAACUUUGGGUUGUGGCUGGCAUCUUCCUGGGAUUCUGUGCGAAUGUCAUCGUCAAAGACACUGGCGACAUUGCUUGGCGCCUCCAGCUCGGUUCGGCGUUCAUCCCAUCUCUAAUCCUCGGCGUUGGUAUCUUCUUUUGCCCCGAGUCCCCGCGUUGGCUCAUGAAGCACGGCAAGCACGGCAAGGGAUUCCAAUCAAUGUGCCGCCUGCGAGCUCACCCCAUCAUUGCCGCGAGGGACUUUUACUACUCGUGGGUUAUCUACGAGGAGGAACUCAAGCAGGCUCGUGGCGCGGGUUAUUUCUCCCGCAUGUGGGAUUGCUUCGCCGUGCCUAGGAUCAGGCGUGCCAACUACGGUGCUUCGACUGUCAUGCUUGCUCAACAGAUGUGCGGUAUCAACAUCAUCUCUUUCUACAGCUCGACUAUUUUCGAAAAUGUUGGCUACACACCUACCCAAGCCCUGUAUGCGUCACUCGGCUAUGGUGCUAUCCAAGUCGUGGCUACAAUCCCUACCCUGUUCCUCAUCGACACCAAAGGCCGAAGAACCUUGACUUUGAUAACGUUCCCCCUCAUGUGUAUUUUCCUGUUAGCCGCAGGUCUAUCUUUGUUGAAUGAUUCCGGUAGCCGUGGUGCAAAGAUUGGGCCAGUUGUCUUGUUUGUCUACCUAUUCACUAUCGCCUACUCUUUGGGUGAAGGGCCAGUCGCUUUCCAAUACUCUGCGGAGGUGUUCCCUACCAUUCAGCGAGAGCAAGGAAUGGCCUGGGCCGUUUGCAUCAACAACACUUUCGCUGGUAUCCUCAGUUUGACGUUCCCUCGAAUGAAAACCGUCAUGACACCAACUGGAGCUUUCGGCUUCUAUGCUGGACUCAACCUUAUUGCCUGGUUUAUGAUCUUCUGUUUUGUCCGAGAGACCAAGCAGCUUACUCUAGAAGAGUUGGACCAGGUCUUCUCGGUCCCAACGAAAGAUUUCAUUUCUUAUGAAACAAAGGUGUGGCUUCCUUACUUUGUCAAGCGACACAUCUUCCGACAGAACAUCGAAAAGCCACCACCAAUCAUUGAGAAGGCCGAUGACGCCCAAGACUCGCCUUAA